UUGAGAAUCUCUACUCUCUCUAAUACAGACAACUAUAUCUGCAAAAUCCGAUUGAAAUCUUCGUCAAAACCCUAUCUCUGCAAUUGACUUUUUGUGGGGGUUUUCCUUUUUUCAUUAUGGCUUCAUCUCAUCCAAUUCCGAAGUCAGAGGAAGAAUGGAAGGCGAUCCUUUCUCCGGAGCAGUUUCGGAUUCUGAGGGAGAAAGGAACAGAGAUACGGGGCACCGGGGAAUAUGACAAGUUCUUUGAUGAUGGUAUAUACAAUUGCGCAGGCUGUGGAUCUCCACUCUAUAAAUCCAGUACCAAAUUCAACUCAGGCUGUGGCUGGCCUGCUUUCUUCGAGGGUCUCCCUGGAACCAUAACUCGCACUCCGGAUCCAGAUGGACGGAGGACGGAAAUCACGUGCACGGCUUGCGGUGGGCACUUGGGUCAUGUAUUUAAAGGUGAGGGAUUUCAGACACCUACCGACGAACGCCAUUGUGUCAAUAGCGUUUCGAUCAAAUUCGCUCCUGCUUAAGCUAUCCAUCCUGCGUCUCCAUGGAGUUCAUCGCAGUUUCCAUUUCCUGUGUAAGCAAUACCAGUAUAUAUUUCUGGAUACAACUUGUUUGUAUGACAUGAAAAUCCUUGUAGAACUUGGUUUACUA